AUGCGGCUCGAUGUCGCGGAGUUUCUCGUGAAAGAGCGUUACUUCCUCGCAGCUCUAGAACUGCUGCACGAGCUGCACGAGGAUCAUGGCGGUCAGGACGACAAUGACGCGUCGGAAGUGGCUCGUUUUCUUGAGCGCGUUUUCGCGGACGAGCAGCGAUUUCCGCGCGACAAGAUUGCAGCUGUCGCAGCGGCCGCAGCGGCUGCGAAACCACCAGCCAGUGCCGCAACUCCCGCCGUGAACGGCGGAACUGGGGGGAUUGCGGAGGCAGGAGCGGGCGGUGGAGAUGAGCAGGCGGUGGAGGACGACGGUGAGCCGUUGGAUGCGAUGAGCGAGGACGAGAGGCGCGAUCUGAACUUCGCAGUGCGGGAGUAUCUGGUGCAAGCGCGCUACAAGCUCACCGCCAUGACUCUGCAGGACGAGGUGGGGGAUCAGGACUGGGACGACUGGGAGGACGGCCCCGCCAAGGCGGAGAGCGCGCUCAGGCGCUACCUGCGCCACUACCUGCGCCGCAGGGAGGCAAGCAAGAGCGCCGCGGCGGCUGGGCGCGCCGCUGCUGACCUGGCGGAGGUGCGGCAGGAGAUGGAGCAGCGAUUGGCUGGCGCUGCGCGGGAAAAGGCUGACGUGGAGAGGUCUCUGGCCGCCUCCUCUGCUGCCGUUGAAACCCUCAAAGCCAAGCCCUUCACCCACCACCUGUCCCUUUCCCCCACCACCGCUCUCUCACCACCUAUCUUGCAGCUGCAAAGCAUGGAGGCCGAGAGGCAAGCACAGGACAACGACUUGCAGAAACUGAGAGCAGAGCUCGAAGCAGCUUCCGAGAAGGUUCGCAGUCGUGGCGCAUCCGAGGCGUCUCUCCUUGCUCGGGCAGAGGGAGCUGAGCGCCAGCUGGACGCCGCCCAGGCUGACGUCUCCUCGCUACGUGCUGACGUGGCGUCCCUGCGGGCUGAGGUGGCUUCGGCGCGCGAUGAGCUGGCAGCAGCUCAGCGCGAGUCUGCAUCCCUGAAAGACGAGAUAAAAUCAAUGGAAGCAGCAGCUGAAGCAGCGCGAUUGGAGCAGGACGAGGAGUGGGAUAAGGCAGGGCAGGUAGCAGCAGACGCAGAGAGAACAGCAGCGCGGCUCCAACGAGAGAUAGAUGCAGCGAGGAAAGCAGCCGCUGACGCCGAGGCGAAGGUAGAGGAGCUGAAAGCGCAGGUGCAGCAGGCUCGGGCCGAAGCUGAGGCUCGGUUGGCUGAGGCACGGGCAGCAGCGGCGGAGGCGAGGGCGGAAGCAGAGGCGAAGGGGAAGGCGGAGGAGGUGGCACGGGGGGAGAUUGCCCGCGUGCAGGAGGUGGCUAGAGGGGAGAUCGCCCGCAUGCAAGGGGAGGUGAAGGCGCUCAGGGACACGCAGAGGGAGCAGGGCGGGGAGAGCGGGACUGCACCUGCCAUUGCUGCUGCUGUGUCUGCUGCUGGGGGAGCGGGCGAGGCGGAGGGGAGGAUUGUGGAGUUGCAGCGGAAGCUUGACGAGGCGAGGAGGGAGGCGGAGGCGGCUGCAGCGCAGGUGGAGGUGGUGAGGGGCGAGAUGUGGGACAUGCGGGAGGCUGGUGAGAAGGCCAGGGCGGAGAGGGAGAGGGUGGAGAAGGAGGCGAGAGAGGAGGUGGGGCGGUUGCGAGAAGAAGCAGGGAAACGGGGGGAGGAGGCGAAGGAGGCGAAGGGAGAGCUGGAGAGAGCACAAAAGGAACUGGAGACUGUGCGUGGUGAGCUGGAGAGAAUCAAAAGUGAGCAGAAGGUUGGCGGAGGAGGGGGAGGAGAGGGAGGAGCAGGAGCAGGUGAGGAGUCAAUGGAGGUGCUGCUGGAGGCGGAGAGGAAGAUCGUGGAGCUGCAGAGAGAAGUGGACGCUGCCAGGCGGGAAGCAGCAGAGGCCAGGGCGCAGGCUGACGCCUCUGCCAAGGCUGCCGCUGCUGCUGCGGCCGCCGCUGCUUCCGCUGCAGCCGCCUCUGCUGCUAGUGGUGUUUCUGGCAGUCCGGGUGGUGCUGUGGGUGGUGGUGCAGCGGUGGAAGGAGGUGUGGGGGUGGGAGGGGCGGAGGAGAAGAGAGGGGAGGCGGAGACGAUGGAGGUGCGGAGGGCGGGGACGGCCAGGGAGGGGGAGGGGGCGGUGGAGGACGAGGCGGUGGUGUGCCUGCUGGCAGACUGCCUCCCUCGCAUCAUUCCCAACGUGCUCAUCAACCACCGCGAGGAGCUGCUGCCGCUGAUCAUGUGUGCGAUAGAGAAGCACCCGUUGGAAGCAGCGCGGAAGGCGCAGGUGGCGUGGCUGUUCAACCUGAUCAAGAAGCCGGACGAGGAGCAGCGCUCUGCCGUGGUGGCGGCGUGCGUGCAGCUCAAGGAGCGCGUGGGGGAGAGGCGCACCGAGACUGAGAUCCUCAGUCAAUGCUGGGAUGAGAUGGGGCACAAGAACGAGGAGAAGCGGCUGCUGGUGGUGCAGCUGUGCCGGGAGAUGGCGCCUCUCAUGCCCCGCCACGUGCAGGAUGGAGUGCUGCUGCCCAUGCUGCUGCAGCUCGCCACUGACAGCGCUCCUGCUGUCCGGGAGGCCGUCGCUGUCAACCUCGCCCCCCUGCUGCCACUAUUCGAUGAUACUGCUGUGCUGCCCAAGGUGGAGGAGGCACUGUUCCUGCUGGUGUGUGAUGUGGAUGGCGGCGUGGUGGAGGAGACGCUAAAGACGCUGCUACCCGCCUUUGUGGCGUGGGCCAAGUCGCGCCGCCACCCCUUCGGCCAGGUGCUGCGGGCGGUCAUGCAGCGCCUCAUGGGGCAGAUCCAGGUACGUGCAAGAAGGGGAGAGGGGCGCAGUGGGGGGGAUGAGGGCGGGUGGGAUGUUUGCGCUGUCAGUCGAUCGAGCCAUAUCCUGUGCCCUCUUUGGCCAUGUGCUGCGGGCGGUCAUGCAGCGCCUCAUGGGGCAGAUCCAGGCUCGGCGGAGGCUCGGCUGCGCAUGGUUGGGGAGAGGGAGCGGUGGAACAUCGACGUGCUGCUUCGGCUGCUCACGGAGCUUCUCCCGGAGGUUCGGCACGUGGCUGUGAAGACGUGCCCCGACGCUAUCCUAGCCCUUGACAAGCCUUCUCCUGCUACCGCAGCUGAUACAGCUGCUUCUGGUGCUGGUGCUGGUGGUGGUGAUGGGGGUGCAGGGUCAGAGGCAGGGGCAGGUGGGGAGGGGUCGGAUGCGGUGGGGCAGAGGAGUGGGAGUGGGCGGCUUCCGUCGGCAGCUUCCUUGGGUGGGAUAGAGUACGAGGAGACAUUCUUCACUGAUGCUCUUUUGAAGCGAUACGGGAGUGCGGGGGUGGACUGGCCGGCGUUUGACUGGAUGCCAAUGGACUGCCUGCCCACACUUGUGCAGCUGGCGCUCAUGCUGCCGCCCAAGGAGGAGCGCCUGCGCGUCCGCAUCUGCACGCUGCUGUUGACAGUGAGCAAGCUAUUUGGUCGUUUCUACCUCAUGGCAGUGCUGCUGCCCGUCUUCCUCACUGCUGCUGGUCACUCCAUCGACACCUCCCAUCUCCCUCCCAAGAUCGCCUCCAGUAUCGAAGUGCUGCGCCCAGCAGGCCCCCCUCUGGAGCGCCUGUCCCGCAUGUGUGUGCUGCCGCUGCUGCUGGCGGGUGUGCUGGGAUCACCCAACAUGCGCGAGGGCUAUCUCUUCAAGUAUCUGCGCGAGUGGGUCGUCUCCACCUGCGCCCGCUCCGGUGCCUGGUCUCCUGCCUCUACUCCAGAGCUCAUUGACGCUGUGCGCUUCCUCUGUCUGUUUGAGGAGCACAGGGAGACGUUGAGCAGUGUGGGGUGGGAGCUCGUGGUCAACCAGGCGCCAGCAGUGCGCAUCACAGCCGCUGUCAUCUUCCAGACCCUUGCGCCCUUCGUGGACGUGAAGCGGGUGAGCCAGCAGGUGCUGCCGGCGCUGAUCACGUUGGGGUCGGAUCCCGUGCCCGAAGUCAAGCACUCCACCAUCGCUGCUCUGGGUUCCGUGGCUCAGCAGUUCAAGGAUGCUCCGAUAGUGGACAAGAUUCGAGUGCAGCUGGACUCAUUCCUGGAGGAGGGGUCACACGAGGCCGUGGUGGCGGUGCUCAAGACGCUCACAGCCGCCGUGCCAGUCACCUCCAGCACGCUGAGAGAGUACUCACUGCAGAAGGUUGCCAGCAUGGCCACUGGCCCGCUGCUUGCCAAUGGCACUGUUGCCAAGCGAAGGGAGAAGGCUGAGGCGCUCUGCUCUGCUCUGCGGGCGCUGGAGCACACAGAGAUGACUCCACAGCAGACCAACACGCUGUUCCUCCCGGCAGUCCAGGCGCUACUCAAGGAGCCGGAGCUCCUCUCCACCAGCAGCAAAGACGCACUAGAGGCCAUUCGCCGCGACCGCUGGGUUGGGAAAAUCGAGGACCUGGGGAAAUACGUUGGGAAGAAUUUGUUCGGGUUUGAGACCUCCGGGCAGAAUAAGAAUCUGUUUGGUGGUGGUUUGCUUGGCUCGGCGUCUACUGCAAGCGGGUCGGCAAAGCCUGGAGCGGCUGGGGGUGGAGGGGCGGGUGCAGGGGGAGGUGCGACUGCUGCGAGUACUUUUAGUGGUGCAUUUAGUGGGGCGUUUGGCAACAAGCGGUAG